CCUCUUUAUUUAAAGAACCGACUCCGGAAAAUAUACCCAACCUCAGUCGACUCCAGUACUAAGCCCAUGGUGAACGAGAAACAGUAAAAUCGCGAGAAUCUGAUUUUGCACUUGAUAAAAAGAGCACGCAGUAUUUGUGCGUCUCUAUUUGUCCAGUAGAAAAUCGGACUCUCGCAAUUCUACUGCUUUUCGCUCACCAUGCUCGUACGUGAAUCGACUGUUUGCCAAUACUUUUGUUUCGUUGAGAACUGCCAUUAAUAUCGAGUAAUUAUGAUUGAUAAAAAAAUUAAUCGAAUAUGUUGAUUUUGCUUUAAUUUAAUAUAAACUUUGUGUUUCUCUAUUUUGUUUUCCCAAUAAUAAUAUAUACGUAGUGAUUUUUUCAAUCACAAACACGUUUAAUAAUGGAAACAGUGCAAUUAGUAAGUUCAUCCGAGGAUGAUGAUGAUGUAUAUUUGAAUUCUGUUGCAAGAUUGAAAGCUCUGAAGAAGCAGAUGUUGUUACCAUCCAAUAAAAAAAAGGACGAAGAGAAGGAGCAAAAUAGAACAGAAGGAUUGGAGGUUAUUGAACAGACUGUAGCAACAAAUACAACAGUCCAAAAAACAAGGAGGAAUCGACAUAUCUCGUCUCGUCUUCGAACAAGAAAGCAAACACAAGCAAGAGAUUCAUCAGAGCACGAUUCAGAUUUAGAAAUUGUUUCCGUAGAAAACAAAUUAAAUUCCUCGGACGAUUUGAUAAUAAUAGAAAAUGACAUACACACAGAUCCAAAAGAUGAUGAAAACUAUGACAUAAGUAUUAAAGUCCUCUGGCGAUCGAAAAAUGUGCAUCGUUUGAAGAUCUGUCGCAAUGAAAACUUCCGAAAAGUUUUUGAGUAUUUUGCAAAUUUGGAAAAAGUUUCGAUAGACGAGAUUUUGAUAACCAAAAAGGAUAAAACCAUUAAAAGAACCGAUACUCCCGCGUCCAUAAAUUUGUCCGUGAUCGAUAUACUUGAUGGAGGUAUUACCGACAAGGAUAGUUCUGUAUUUAAAAAGGGCACCGAAGGAAAAAUCAAUGAAGAUGUUCGCAUUAUAAAAGUACAAACAACAGAUAAGAAGAGCCUAACGGUAUCCGUUAAUCGAGAUGAAAAUUUUGAAGCUCUUUGGGCAAAAUGUGCACAGGAUUUAAACAUCGAAGAAUCGAAAAUGAAAUUGUACUUUGACGGAGAAUUAAUUGCGAUAACAGAUACACCAGAUUCAUUAGAAAUAGAAGACGAGGCUUGUUUUGAUCUUCGACUAUCGUCCUAGUUAAUUGUUUCAUUCUUAUUUAUUAAUAUAUAUUUAACAAAGUAUCGGCAAAGCAUGCGAGGAAAAUCUAUGUGUAAGAAUACAAAUCAUUUUUAAUUAAUCAUUUUGU